UGCUCGCCGCUCGCCGCCGGUUGGCUGGGGACCCGCGCGCCUGGAGCGUCUGCAACCCGGCCCUGCAUCCCGCCUGAGCAUCUCGCGCCCGGCCAUGACGGCGCACUCCUUCGCCCUCCCGGUCAUCAUCUUCACCACGUUCUGGGGCGUCAUCGGCAUCGCCGGGCCCUGGUUCGUGCCGAAGGGACCCAACCGCGGAGUGAUCAUCACCAUGCUGGUUGCCACCGCCGUCUGCUGUUACCUCUUCUGGCUCAUCGCCAUCCUGGCUCAGCUGAACCCCCUGUUUGGACCGCAGCUGAAGAACGAGACCAUCUGGUGCCUCAGCUCUCUGGAUGACCCUGGCUCGAUGUCCCUGAUGACCCCUCCAAGCCUGUCCUCCCCCCACAGCUGCAAGGUCCUUUCUGCUGGUACCUGAGACCCGCACUUGCAGGGCCCACCUGUCCCAGUCCUCGGGGAAAGCCCUUUGCUCAGAGUCAGGUUGGAGCGGGCACUGUCCUGCCCUUACUUUCCCACUGCUCCCAACACCAUGGGAUGUGGCUUACAAAGCAGCCCUGUCGCCAUCUGCUGUCUGCUGUCUGCUGUCUGGGGCUCUGUUGGUUUAUGUCACAGGCCUCUCUCAGCUCUGGCAUGGAUUAUUUAAUUUGUGGCACAUCUAGAUGUGCAAUUCUUGAAAAUAUUAGAGUGACAGAAAUAUUAGCUCACACAAAGCAACAGUAACUUGGGUCAAGAGUGACAGGGGUGUCGAGUACCCUUUGUAGCUACAAAGUUACACUGGCUUGUUCAGUGGGCUGUGUCUCACAAUAUUCCAUUUCCCCUUCUUUCACCUGCCCCCAAACACCCAGUGUGGAAGAGCCCGUCCCCUUCCCUGAAUCUCAGUCUGAGCACAGCUGCUCCUACUUGGAGAUACCUGGACCCUGCCUCAUCACACUGUGACAGGGGCAGGUUUCAGAGCCUCUCAGCAGCCAUGAGCAGAGCUGGAGAUGCAGAGAGAUAGGUGACAGCAUCAUUUGAGUGGCACUGUGGGUGCUGCCCCCAUCCCACCCCCACCCCCAGUUCCUGAGGUCUUUGACCCCUGAGUGUACUUGGCUGGGUACUGGGGAUGAUGAAGGACUUGGAGGCACAAGCACACUGGGUCAGAGCAAGGGGGACAGGGUCCCUCCAGCCUGUGCACUCACUCACCAAGCAGAAUGAGCUGGGAUGCCAGACCCCGCCUGAAGCUCUCAGACCUAAUGGGACAGAGCCUGCCCACCUGGCCUGAUUCCCAGCAGGUGGCCCAUCCACACUGCCUCUCCAGGGGAAGAAAGGCCAGCCCCACUUAUUUAUUGACUAUUUAUUUGGCACUCUAUCCCAUGGAGCAGGCAUCAUUCUUGGAACAGCAGUAGAAUGUGAUGUGUCUCACCCAGAUUUCUUGGUUCUGGGCAUGCCAACUGCUCAGAGCACCGGUCGAGCUUCCCAUGGAUCUCCCCGACCCACCCACUCCAGCUCCCCUCCUCUCCUGGCCUCUGCAGCCUUCCUGUAGAGUGGAGGGUGUUGAGCAUGACUUGUACUGAAAAUCUGGUGUAUGUCUAAUAAACAAUGGUGAUGGACUAUUA